UGAACCACAAGGGAAUUGGAGAGCCAGAAUAUUCUGCAGGAAUCAUACACUGCGACUUGCAAAGAUAAGGAAAAGAGAACAAAGAUGUCAGGCAGCUCUAAUCCAGAGCAGGAAGCAGAAGGCCUUCAGAAGUAUUUUAAAGAUGUCAGAUUCAACCCUGUCCAUUGGUUUCAGAAACUGAAAGAAAAGAUAGGCAACAUUAAUGUUGAAGCCUUGCCAUAUGUGGGAAGAGACGACUAUGAAAAACAUUCACCAGAUUCCAAAGCAGAAUGGGAGAAAAGGGCCCUUAAAAGUGUAUUUAAUAUAAAGGAUGAAAAUUCUGUAGUUGAAUAUUUACAAAAGGAACGAUUCGAGAAGGCCAGAAAAAGACAAGAGGAGAGCAGGUGUAUGCUGACAGAACUGAGAACGUUGUAUGAGCAGGGCAAGAAUCAAAGUGACCAUGACGUGAAAGCCAAAAAGGAGAAACUUCAGACAGAACUUGAAAUACCCCCUGAGUAUUGGACAGCCAAAACUGUCCCUUUGGAAGCUGUGAUAGAAAAUAUGCAGAAACAGCUGGACUGUAUGGAGUCCUCACUUCAAAAGAAUGAGAAUCUGUCAGAUGGAGAGAUUAUUAAGAAUGCGUCUGGUGGUCUUGCCUUAGAGGGGAUUUACAAGACAAAAAAACUUGAGGACCUUAUGAAUAAGAGGGAGCAACUGAUAGACCUUCCCAAAUCUUUCACUCUCACUGGACCACAAGAUACUCAGGUCUUUGAACAAGUUGAGGUUUCAUCCCAUGAAUCAGAAGCCAGUUUUGGAAAACUGAUGGAAAAAAUGGGAAGAAGCAUUGCUGCUGCAGUUAAAGGUGGUGGAUGGGGUUUCACCUUAGAUGUACAGCUGCAGCCUAAAACAUCUUCUGAAUUGACCAGAGCAAGUAAUUCAUUGACAGAGAAGAACUAUAUCUGCACCAUUAAAUAUAAUUAUAUUCCACUCGCCUCAUACUUUAUUAACAAAUCAGAUCUGACUCUAACAAAAGCAGCACUUGAUGAGCUCAAAAGGAUUGAAAUGCUUGUAAUGAAUACUAAAGACAAAGAGCUUCAAUUGAAAGAGAUGCAAACAUUUUUUGACAGAUUUGGAAGUCAUGCAAACCAAGGCCCUCUACAUUUUGGAGGUAUAUACUGGUGGAAGGCAUCCUGUGAAGGAUUUCACUCUCAAGAAACUGAAGAGGUGAGAAGGAUUGUAUCAGAGUCAUUAAAUUCUUACAUUGGUGUCAGUUACAGUGGAUUUGGCUUAAACGUUUCAGCAGGAGGUGACACAGAGAUGUCAUCCUCAGAAGGAUCAGACAGUAAAAAGAAAACUGAUAUACUGAGAAAUAAAAUUCAGCUUACAGUGUCAAAAACUGGUGGCCCAGAAGCAGCUGGUCAGCUUUUACAAUGGAAUACUGGAUUGACAUCCAGUAGCAAGACUUGGUCUGUUAUUGACAGAGGAGUAAACCUGGUUCCAGUGUGGGAAAUAAUCUUGUCCAGUCAUAGUACAGAAUUUAGGAAUGUACAAACAAUUGCUGAUUGUCUUGCUGAAGGAUAUGAAACUUUAUCUGGAUUAAGGACAAGUGAUUUAACUGGUGCAGAGCUGGGCAUCGUCUUCAAAGAAGUUCAAGAGGUCUUGAGUACCAUUAAGUCAUGGAAUGCCUCUGACCCUGAGCAGCACUUGAUACAGCUAUCAGAACUGAAAAAUAACCUGAUUGACAAAACAAAGAGCUGUAAGGUGUGGAUCAAUGAAUGUCUUUCAGACCCUUCACUGCAGGGUUUUUUAUAUUCUAUUGUGUCAACACAUAAGACAUCACCAAAUGAGAGAAGCACAUACAUAAAAUCACAGAUGCACUUGCUUCUUCUCCCAGAUAUUGAGGAAUCAGAGAGCUUUCUGGAAAGCGUUUUCAUUAUGACAUGGCUGAAUGAAUCAAGCCAGGAAACAAAGAAAGAAGAGUCUGUAAAGAAUGUGUCUCAACUCUGCAAAAGUUUAAAGUCAGCAAAAAUAGAAAUUCAAAAUGCUUCUUCUCCAAAAGACUUGCAGGAAAUUAAGGUAAAACUGACCAGUAAAAUUGGAUUUUCAGUUUUUAUGUUAUGUAAACAUUUUAGGGAGAUGAAGCAAAUGGAGGAGUUAUCAUUACUACUUUCCAUUGUCACAGUUGUGGGAUAUUCGGACACAGCUAACACAUUUCGGUCAAUUCUUGAUUAUCCAGAAUUCAUCUUCAUUCAUGAUGAGCUUAACAAAGCAAUGGAAAAGUAUUCAUCUUUGAGAAGAGAAAGCAUCUUAAAAUCACAGGCCUUUGUGAUCAUCAUUGGCCUCACGGUAACAAAUGAAUACUCAAGAGUGACUCCUGAAGUGAAGAAGAAACGUUUGUCAUUCCUGGAGUCAAAUUUAAAGGAUGUCUUGCUCAAGGAUAUCAGAGAAUUUCUUCAAGAAUUCAAUGAGGGGCUCAGUGACUGGCAAAAAUUUAAGGACCAGCUAGACUCCAUAAUGAAUGGAACCUACCAGAAAAGUAAUAAAGAUGCCAGUACUGAAUGUUUCGAGAGACAAUUAGACUCCAUUUUGAAUAGUAGACCAUGUACAAAUAGAGAAAGAAAUAAGUCUGAACCAGGGAUGCCUCUACACACAUGCUGUAAUGUGAUUGAAAAGCUGGAGCUCAAGCCUUUUUAUCCAAAGAAACUGACAAUGUCUGACGUUUUGUUGAUCAACAAAUUCUCUUUACAUGACACUGCACCAUCCUUGGAGUAUGAUUUUCCCUUUUACUUUCUCCAGAAACUUCUCAUGAUUGAUUACAGAGCAAGAAAUAUCAUAUUUAAAAAAUCAAAAACUGAAGCAAAAUUCACUGGAAUCAAUUGCCAGACAACCAGUGCAAUCAGUCUGGAAGACUUUUUGGAUGACCCUGACAUUUCUAAAGAUAACACCGAUUGCAAUGUCAAACCAGCAAGCCUUCACUUCAUGGAUGUCCAGAUGGCUGUCUAUCACUGCUCUGACAUGUUUCUCUGGCAGUACAUCACAUCCAAGCUCUCGAUUUGCCAGUUUGCUCUUCCAUUGUUAGUGCCCAAUCCGUCCACUACAAAGAUUGAAUUGCCAAUAUGGUCCUUUAGACCACUGAAAAGGAGUUGGAAAUGUGCAGAUACACUCAGCAACCAAAGUGCUUCCCUGAAGAGCAUCACUGCUAACAUCUGUAGCACACCAGUGCCUAUGGUGACAUUCAUGCGGUUUGGCCGUUGCACUUCAUCAAAGUCCCAGAUCAUGAAUGGUUUAUUAAACCAUCAAAAGCAUGACACUUUUUAUCACAGGGAUUGCAAAGGAAGCAGUAAUGAGAGUCUGCUAAUGGAUGGGGUUGUAGAGAUCUCAUGGUACUGUCCACCUGGAAAUAAGGAUGACCAGUUCAAUGAGUGCAUUGCAUUUACAAAUCUCCGAGGGGAUGCACGAAAACAUGACAGGCAAGUCCAAUUUCUUUUUGAAACUUCAACCAUCAAUAUUGUUCUUCUGAUGGAAGAGCAUUUGGAUUCAAAAGGUAAAGAAAUCUUAACACAGCUUGUGCAAUCUCCAAAUCCUCUAAUCUGCUUGUAUGCAGAUAAAACAAACAUUGCAAAAGGAAACCACAAGACCAAAGUGAAAUUAGCUCUGAGAAAUCGAAAUCAGUCUGAACUUAUUCAAGAACUCGCAGAGUGCAUUCAGGGCCUUCUGACAGAAUCCAAUGUGAAAUUCAGCAUUGAACAGGGUGCUGAUGUUGCUAGAAGACUUCAUUUCUUAGUAGAUGAAGAUGACAAAGAUUGCACUGCUGCUAAAAUGAUGGCUGAAACUGCAGUGAAGCCAUUAAGAGAGAUGUCACUGUUAGAUGCUAAAAAAAAGUUCAUUCCACUUCAAGGGGAUUUAUGGCAAAACUGGUGUAAAAAAAAUAAAGAAACCAAUCGCCUACGGGCAAAUGAAAAUCGAACCAUUGAGCAACAAAGAGGUGACAUUGAAAUGGAAAAAAGUCAUCUUCGAAACGAACAGUAUAAGAGAGCUUUUCCACUAAAUAAUGUCAUGAGGGAAUUUAUUCAGAAUCUCAACACUCAAUACACAAUAAGACAAAAGUUCUUCCUGGCAUGGUUAGGACAAAUUCUGAAUGAUCUAACAUCAAGAAAGCUUCAAACACUGAAUGAAAAGCAUUCUGAAUUGUGUGCAAAAAUGGAAGAGCAAAAGCAAAAGAGGCAAAAUACAGACAUCCUCGAAAAAGAAAUUGAGGAAUCUUCAAGCAGACUUGUGGCUUCCACUUUGGGUCUGGAACAUCUCCUUCGAGAAGUUGGUCAGAUCUAUGAGACACUGGCAUCCCAGCAUAUGAGAAAUGAAAUGUUUCUGACUCUACCACAACUUGCUGCUGACCUCAUGAUUUCUGGGCAUCCCAUUGAACUGAUGGAUGGAGACGCUUCUCAUGUUGCUAUUACCUGGGUGAGUUCAGUCCUUGAACAGGUUAUUGCUAAGCUGGGAGACAAAAGAGUUUUUGUUCUUUCUGUUUUAGGAAUUCAGAGCACUGGGAAGUCCACUUUGCUGAAUGCCAUGUUUGGUCUUCAGUUUGCUGUGAGUGCCGGUCGUUGCACCAGAGGAGCUUUCAUGCAGCUACUUAAAGUCAAGGAUGAAUAUAAUGAACUCAACUUUGACUACAUGCUGGUGGUUGACACUGAAGGACUUAAAGCUUUAGAGCUCGGAGACAAAGCUACUCUGAAACAUGACAAUGAGCUUGCAACAUUCGUAAUUGGCAUUGGCCAGCUGACUCUGAUCAAUAUAUUUGGGGAGAACCCUUCUGACAUGCAGGAUAUUCUUCAAAUCUCAGUGCAGGCCUUUAUGAGGAUGAAAAAAGUAAAACUUUCUCCAAGCUGCAUUUUUGUUCAUCAGAAUGUUGGAGAAAUAACAGCAGGAGAAAAGAAUGUGGAAGGAAGGAGGCGGCUGCUGGAGAGGCUGGAUUUCAUGACACAAACUGCAGCAAAACAGGAGAUGUGUGAUAUCUCACGAUUUACAGAGGUCAUCAAGUUUGACAUCAACAGGCACGUCCACUAUUUCAGUCACCUUUGGGAAGGAAAUCCUCCAAUGGCCCCGCCAAAUCCAAGAUACAGUGAAAAUAUUCAGAAAUUAAAGCAAUCUCUAUUUUCUGAAGAAAUGCAAGAGGGGAUUAUAAAGAUUUCAGAAUUUAAAACACGCAUGGAGGACCUCUGGUCUGCUCUUCUGGAUGAGGACUUUGUCUUCAGUUUCAAGAAUACACUGGAGAUUGCAGCGUAUAGGAAGGUGGAGGAGAAGUAUGCAGACUGGAGCUGGCGGCUGAGGAGUCACAUGCUUGAGAUUGAGAACGAGCUUCGCAACAGCAUUGAAAAUCAAACACUGCAAGAUACGGGAGAUUUCAAGUUGGAUGAAAAAAUUCAGACGAUAUAUGAAGCAAUUACAAAAGAGGUGAAUGAGUACUUCAGUAAAGAAAAAGAUAAAGACUUGAUAAUUCAGUGGAAAGCAAAAACUGAACUUGGUUUGAAGGAUCUCCAAUCAGAGCUUGUUAAAGGGACUGAAAGGAAAUUAACUGAUUUAAUCAAAAUGAAGCAGGGUCUGAAAAAAGUAGAAGAGCAGAAAGGAAAGUACGAGUCGGAGCUGAUGAAGAGGAGCCAGGAUUUGGCACGAGAGAUUAAAGGUAAAAAUUUGACAUUACAAGAACUAGAAAAUGCCUUUCAGAUGAUGUGGACUCAGUGGGAGACUCGAGUGAAAUCAGAGAUGCCCGAUGUUCAGACACCCAACAUAAAUGCCCAUGCUGAUGCAGUUUUGUUGGAAAACUUUGAAAGGAAACUAAUUGACUCCUGUAAACAGAGCAAGUCCCACACCUGGAUCGUUUACGUUGAUGAUUUUUCCGCAUAUCUACAAAUGAACAAAGGAUACGUGUUUAAACACACCAUAAACCAGCAGGACCAGCUCUGUAUGAGAAAUCUCACCAGCAGCAUAAUAGAGGACAUUAAUGACUAUAUUAAAGAAAAGGAGGCAGCCAGAGUCGAUUACAAUAAAAGCUUUAUGUAUGAAAUCAUCAACACAAUUUUAAAAGCAGCAAAAAGCUGUAAGUGUAACCAAAAUAGGUUUAAAAUUAAGAAGGAAUACUCAAUUGACGUAGCGUUGUAUUUAAGAAGUGAUAUCAUAUGGAGAUUCCAAGAGAUGAACCGUGCAUUUCAGAAGAUUAACAAUCCUCUGGAAUAUCUAGAAAAUAAAAAAGAAGACUACUUUGGGUGUUUUCAGAUUUACUGCAGUGGGGCGAGCGCAGCUACUGUGUUAGCAGACUGCAUCACUCGAGAACUAAAAAAAGCCAUCCGUCAGGAAGUCUACAAUAAAAGUUCUGCGCUUAUAGCUACAGAAAUACGAUGUGGUGAUCAAGCGUUAAAUGGAAAUAAAUCCAAGCUUGAGAAUCACAUCUUACUGUCUCUUUUAGAAAAUCUAGAUUUUAGCAGAUGUGAGCAGUACAUUAAUAACCCAAAGGCAUAUUAUGAGGUGUUUAUUAAAGAACGAGAGGAGGCCUAUUUUUCAAGCCGAAAUCCUAGAAUUUUUCACAUUUGCACAGAAAAACUUGAAAACAUCAAGAGCAGCGUUUCUUUGGCCAUUUCUAAAUCAGCUGCUUAUUUUGGAAAUACUCGUACAAAAGCAACUGCUUGGAUAGAAAGGUUUUGCAAAGAACUUAAAAAUGAAAUAGUUUUCUCUAUUAAUAAUGUACGAGGCUUUGAAGAUCAGGAUAUUCAGGACAUGAAUUUCUUUAAAGAAAGCAUCAAUGACUUACUGAACAGUACAUAUUUAGAAUUAAAGGAAGAGUUUAGUGGCAACACCCCUCUUGAUAGAAAGCUGUUUAGGUCUCAGCCUCAUGAGGAAUUGUUCAAACAGUGCUGUGGUUGUUGUAAAAAGUGUCCUUUUUGUUCUGCCAUGUGUAUAAACACAAUGCCAACCCAUGAAGGUGACGAUCACUGUGCUCAGUUCCAUCGGCCCCAGACAAUUCGUGGUGUAAAAUGGUACAAAACUGACAGACUUGUGACUGAUAUUUGCUCAAGUCUUGUCGCCAGUGACUGUCUUCUAGUGCUUUCAGAAGACAACCAAAUUCCAUUCAGAGAUUAUCGGCAGGCAGGUCCCGAGUACGUCUGUUGGUCCAUCACACCAGAUAAGUCAUUGCAGCCAUUCUGGAAGUGGUUUGUAUGUCACUUUAAAGAAGACUUGGAGAAGAAAUACAAUGGGCGCUUAACUGACAUCCCGGAUCAUUGGAAAACCAUUACAAAGGAGAAUGUUAUUGAAGCACUGAAGAAAUAGUGGGGAAUGAUCCAUCCAUCCAUCCAUUAUUCAACCCGCUAUAUCCUAACUACAGGGUCAGGGGGGUCUGCUGGAGCUAAUCCCAGCCAACACAGGGUGUAAGGCAGGAAACAAACCCCGGGUAGGGUGCCAGCCCACCACAGGUCACACUCACACCAGGGAAUAUCUAGGAUCGCCAAUGCACCUAACCUGCAUGUCUUUGGACUGUGGGAGGAAACCCUCGCAGACAAGGAGAGAACAU